UUCCUCUAAGCCCUAGUUGAAGCUAUAUAUACCCUCCCCUGCUCCAUUUCAAUCACUUCUACGCUUCACAAAUUUUCAUUUAACAUUUCUUCUUCACUUCCUCCUUAAUUCCUUCCACACCCAAACCCUAGAUUUAUAAGAAAUUUCAUACCUUUUCUGGGUUUUGAUUCACGUUCUUUUCUAUUGAAUGUGAAUCUUCAUACCCCCACUUCUUCUCUUCUUGUUUUGAUGAGCGUCGUGUUCUUUGUUUCUAUUUCUUAAGUGUUUUUUGUUUGUUGGGUUUAUCAAUGGAAGGACGUAGAUUUUGUAUAGGUUAUGCUUUGGCUCCCAAGAAACGUCAUAGUUUCAUUCAAGAUUCGUUAGUGACUCUUGCGGCGUCUCGAGGGGUCGAUCUUGUUCGAAUUGACACUGACCGGCCUCUUCUUGAUCAAGGCCCAUUUGAUUGUAUUCUUCACAAGUUUUACGGCGAGGAUUGGAGGAAGCAACUGAUGGAAUUCAGAGUUAAGAACCCUAAUGCUUUCAUUUUGGAUUCACCCGAUUCGAUUGAGAGACUCCACAACCGGAUUUCGAUGCUUCAGGUUGUUUCCGAGUUGAAGAUUGAUAACCCUGAUGAAUCUUUUGGGAUUCCUAAGCAGAUUGUGAUUUACGAUAAGGAGACUUUGUUUGAUCGCCAGGCUUGGGAGGGUUUGAAAUUCCCUGUUAUUGCUAAGCCAUUAGUGGCUGAUGGUAGUGCUAAAUCUCACAAAAUGGCUCUUGUAUUCAACCAUGAUUGUUUGAAUAAGCUUAAGCCUCCUAUUGUCUUGCAGGAGUUUGUGAAUCAUGGGGGUGUUAUCUUUAAGGUUUACGUUGUUGGGCAGUAUGUGAAAUGUGUGAAAAGGAAGUCUCUUCCUGACGAACCCGAAGCAAAACUGGGGAAUGUAGAUGGAUUGUUGUCGUUUUCGCAGGUCUCAAAUAUGACCCCUCGUGAGAAAAUUGAUGAUAAGCACUACAUGAUGCAGCUUGAUGAUACAGAGAUGCCACCGUUGAGUUUUGUCACCGAUAUCGCAAGAGGGUUGCGACGCUCCAUGAACUUGAAUCUUUUCAACUUUGAUGUGAUUCGGGACUCGAAAAUUGGGACUCGGUACCUUAUAAUUGACAUUAACUACUUCCCUGGGUAUGCCAAAAUGCCAGGUUAUGAGAAAGUUUUGACAGAUUUCUUCUGUGAUCUAGCACAGAAGAAAGAGGCAUUGAACAAUCCUGACAAGAAGAAGGAUGUUGAAGACAAGAUUGUUUUAGAUUUGCAGAGUACUGAUCAACAAACAAGAAAGAUUGGUAAUGAUGAGAUUGGUGGUGGGCAGUCAGUUGAAAGGGAAAAGAAAGGAACCCCUGUUCAAGAUUGACCAUUAUUAUGAAAGUUCUUCAUAAGCCUGUUUGUGUUCUUGAAUUUGCUCAAAAUAUCUGGGACGCUCUGCACUGAACUGAGUGAGUUCUACACCAUUUCUUUUAGAGAUAGCCAUCAUUUGUAGGUACAGAAAUGAAAGAAAGGGGAAAUUUUCCUUUCUUUCAAUUAGUUUUUAACCUCAUGACCAAAUUACAUUGUGUCCAGUGAUAUCAUGUAUAUUCCAUCCUUAUGUUACCACUGGAAAUAGUUCUCAAUUACCCUAGUACUGAUGAGAUAUAUGGAGGUCAAAUUGUAUCUUGAGGCUUUAUCUUUUCCUCUUUCUAGGAUGUUUCUAGCUCAUGGAUUUUGAAUCUUUUAGUGAAUUCAAUGAUUUUUUUUCCAGAAAAAUUUUAUCAUAUCAUCAGUGCUUUGUGUCUGGUGUGCUGUUGUAGUGGAAAUGCAUUGAUCUUUAGGACAAUGAGACACCAUUUCCAAACUAAUUGUAGAACCUGGUUUGAGAUGAUAACCUUAUGUUCUGGAUUCUGAAUGACAAAUUUCGACUUCUUUUAUGAUA